AAGAGCCAUUGAUCCAGGCCCAGGAGAGUGUCAGCAGUCAGAACGUAGAGGCUUCCAUUCUUAGUCCCACUCCGGUACACAAUUCACAACCACUGCAGACAGCGUCAGAAGCAGGAGCCCUGUCAGAUCCCCAAGCAAAACAGAAAGAAAAAUCGGCUCAGGUGGAGUCCUCUGACACAGACCCAGACGAGCCUGUGGCCAAACAGAUGCUUUCAUUUGUCAUGGAUGACCCUGACUUUGAGAGUGAGGAGGAAGUCAUGCAGAAAGUCAAUAAGGAAUCUUUCCCAGUUAGAGCUGAUAUUCCCGAUCUCUCCGAUGAUGACAUCACCGCAGCUAAAAUUUCUGAGCCCAUGAAACCUACUGUACUCUCCUUUAAAAGCAAGAAUGACGGUGACCUCUUUGGUCUAGGAAUCGAGGAAAAGUCCAUCAAAAGCAAAGACAGCAGUGAGGAACAAGAUGAAAAAGAAAGCAAACAUUCCAAGGAAAAGAAGAAAAAGAAAAAGAGGAGCAAAGAGGAUGAUAACAAAAGCAGCAAGAAGAAACCCAAACACAAGAAAAAGGAAAGCGAUGAGGCAGGUGUGACCGCAGAUGAAAAGGAGAAGAGAAAAAGAAAGUCCCGAAGCAAGAAAACUGAUGAUCUUGAAGCUUUUCUGGUUGUAGAAGAAGGCUCAGUGAAAAGAGAGGAGGGCGACUAUGAGGAACUGUAACACUCCCUCUCUGCUAAAGAAAUGUUUGUGCAUUGGUACCACAAGCUUGAAAAAGUUCUCAUCAAAAACCACAAAAACACAUGCUUUCUUUAGCAGCCCAACACGUGAUGAUGUGUUUAUCUGACUGACAGGUUACAAAACACUUCACACUGGUUUUCCAUGUGCGACAAACACUUCCCAAUCCAUCCUCCAUCCCUGAAGAGUUUGGAAUGGCCGGCGUAGUUCACAGUCUUUGGGCUCAAACUGCAAUAAGUGGAAAAGCCAUGCAAAAUCGCUACUUGCAUGUAAUUUGACCUUUUACGUUUUUCGGAAUGAAAUGGACCACUUUCACUCAUAACUUUGUGUUUUCUGAAUGUUUACAUGCUCGCUUUUAUAUGGUUGCAAUACCAUCACAUAUGUGAACCACUACCACUCCGAUACAAUGUUUUUCAUUGAUUUUAUUGCAUUAUUAGUUGCCUUGUGAAUGUGGAUGAAUUGGUAUUUAUGCUCAGUAGAUGUUCUGAGAGCAUGGCUUUGUGUAGUUUUGCCGUGUGUUUAGUGUUUGAAAUAAAUAUACUGUAUUUCAUGGUAGGAUUAUUUGUUUUUCCAAGAUAUAUCAAGAAAAAUAUUUUAGAAAUACAAAGGAUUUUGGUCAAUAAAUGCACUCAUGAUGGGGGAGUAGUUACGACAUAGCAGACAUGAUUAUUUUCGCAAUCUUUAAAUCAGGAAAUGCCUUAAAGGAAACUAUGGUGAAAAUGCAAGACUUUAAAGAGCUCAAAUAGACCAGUUAAAAGUGUGCUUGUAUAAAACAAUGAGAUCUAUCUACUGUGUAAUUAUGCAAAAUUGUGUUUUAGUUUUUUUUUUU